AUUAAUCAUAACUGCUUUUGGUCAUCAUCUCCGCGCAGAGACAAAGAGAGAAUACGGAGAGGAAAUGAAACCCAUAACAAAGCUUCAUCGUUCGUUGGCCUUUGCCUUUGUUUGCAGCUGUAUUUUGUCAUUCAACCUAGUCGAUAAAUCCGAAGCCCAAACAGCUGCCAAAGCUACUACGGAUCCGAUUGAAGUGGCAGCUUUAAACACCAUCUUCCAAAGAUGGGGAAUCUCAUCCCAGGAUUCCGACUCCGCUUAUCAGUGGAAUACGACGGGAGAUGUCUGCAGUGGUUCUGCCAUCGCAAGCGUCGCAGGUGUCAUUGACAUUGAGACAUUCAACCCAGGGAUUAUAUGCGAUUGCAAGUACAACAAUCGUUCUACUUGUCAUAUUACACGCCUCAAAGUAAUGGAUAUGGGGGCGAAAGUUCAAGGGGGAAUUCCGGAAGAGCUCCGCAACUUGACUUAUCUCGAAUAUCUGAAGUUGGAUAAGAAUCACUUGACAGGUCCCCUACCAGCAUUUCUUGGCAACUUAACUAAAUUGCAAGUAUUGGCUACUGCUUAUAAUUCAUUGUCAGGAUCAAUUCCAGAGGAGCUUGGAACCCUUAAGGAUCUAGUUGUUUUGUCUUUGGAAUACAAUAAUUUCUCAGGAGCACUCCCUUCGCAAUUAGGGAAUUUAAUCAAUCUUGAACAAAUUUACAUAAGCAGUACUGGACUAAGCGGUGAGGUUCCUUCGUCAUUUUCUAAGCUAUUAAAAGUGAAAACUAUGUGGGCAUCAGAUAAUAAAUUUAUAGGAAAAAUACCUGAUUCCAUUGGAAAUUGGACAAGUUUAGAAAGUUUGAGAUUUCAAGGAAACUCUUUUGAAGGUCCAAUACCAUCUAGCUUUUCUUCCUUGACUUCCUUGACUGAUUUGAGAAUAAGUGAGUUAUCUAACACAAGUUCGACAUUGGAUUUCAUUAAAAAUAUGAAGAACUUAGUUACAUUAGUUUUAAGAAAUAAUAUGAUUUCUGGUUCCAUUCCAUCUAAUACUGGAGAAUACUCAAAAUUGGGAAGUUUGGAUUUAAGCUUCAACAAUUUAACUGGACAAAUUCCUAGCUCUUUAUUUACUUUGCAAGGACUCAAUAUCUUAUUUCUUGGAAAUAAUAGCUUAUUUGGUCCUCUUCCCAUGCAAACAGGAUCAAAUCUUCUUAAUAUAGAUUUAUCAUACAAUGAACUAUCAGGAAGCUUUCCUCCUUGGGUGACAAAUCAAAAUAUACAUGUGAAUUUGAUAGGCAAUAACUUUACAUUUGAUAAAUCAAACCUUAGUAAUUUUAAAGGGCUAGGAUGUCUCCAGCGGAACUUCCCAUGCAAUAGGGGUACACCACGUUAUGCCAAAUUUGCAAUCAAGUGUGGUGACAAAACAAUGAAAGAUUCUAAUGGAGACGAAUUUGAAGGAGAAACUUAUAACAUUAGCGCAGCAUCAUACUUCGUAACAGACAAUAGAAAAUGGGCAGUUAGCAAUGCUGGAAUAUUUUUUGAUAGAGAAAAUCCCAGUUACCUCCAAAGCACCGUGAGACCAAUUCAAGGUGGAGGUACUUUAACAGUAGCCUUCUUUCAACAAUCAAGGUUAUCUCCAGGAUCUCUAAGGUACUACGGCCUAGGUAUGGAGAAUGGAAUGUAUACGGUAAGUCUAUAUUUUGCAGAAACAGGAUUUGAUUGGGCAGCCAAUUCCUGGAAGUUUCUUGGAAGGCGAAUCUUUGAUAUUUAUAUUCAGGGGGCUCUGCAAAUAAAAGACUUUGAAAUAGCGAAGGAAGCAGAUGGAAUGUUUAAAGGCAUUUCAAAGGAUUUCAAGGUUAAUGUAACAGAGAACUAUGUUGAAAUUCAUCUUUUCUGGGCUGGAAAAGGUACUCAGAGAAUACCUGAAGACGGCUAUUACGGAUCAUCCAUUUCGGCCAUAAAGUUCAGUCCAGAUUUCACACCAACUGUACGUGGAGAUCAAACAUCACCUUCAUGGAAAAGGACGGUCUUGAUUGUCGGUAUUGUAGUUGCUGUUACAAUUGCCAUCUCUACAUCUGUCUUUGCUAUCUUCUAUAUAAGACAAAGGAAAAGAAAAAGCAUCUUCGAGGAUGAAGAGAUUUUAUCAAUGACUCCCAAAGCCAACAUUUUUAGUUAUGUUGAACUGAGAUCUUCCACAGAGGACUUCAAUCCUAAAAAUAAGUUAGGGGAGGGUGGAUUUGGACCUGUUUACAAGGGAAAACAUUCUGAUGGGAGGGAUGUGGCUGUGAAACAACUCUCAGUAGUAUCCCCCCAGGGAAAGAGGCAAUUUGUAGCAGAGAUUUCUACAAUAUCUGCUGUUCAACAUCGCAACCUUGUAAAGUUAUAUGGAUGCUGUAUCGAGGGAGAUAAACGACUCCUCGUUUAUGAGUAUCUUGAAAACAAGAGCCUUGAUCAGGCACUCUUUGGAAAUACUCAUCUAUAUCUUGAUUGGACGACACGCUAUGCAAUUUGCUUGGGGGCAGCAAGAGGCCUAGCUUAUCUCCAUGAAGAAUCCAGUCCAAGGAUUGUACACAGAGAUGUGAAAGCUAGUAACAUUCUGCUUGAUGCCGAUUUGAACCCCAAAAUUUCAGAUUUUGGUUUGGCCAAGUUAUAUGAUGAAAAGAAGACGCAUAUCAGCACCCGAGUUGCAGGAACAAUUGGAUAUCUCGCACCAGAGUAUGCUAUGCGUGGGCAUCUAACAGAAAAGGCUGAUGUCUUUGGAUUUGGAGUUGUUGCUCUUGAGGUUCUUAGUGGAAGGCCAAAUACUGACUACUCAAAUUUGGUUUCAGAGAAAAUAUAUCUUCUUGAAUGGGCAUGGAAUCUACGUGAAAAUCACCGUGAACUGGAAUUGGUGGAUCGAAAACUGAAAGAGUUCAAUGAAAGUGAAGCUCACCGACUCAUAGGAGUAGCUCUCUUGUGUACUCAAGCAUCACCAACACUACGACCAUCCAUGUCACGUGUUGUGGCCAUGCUAGCUGGAGACAUUGAAGUGGGUGAAGUCACAUACAAGCCUGGCUAUUUAACGGAUUGGCAAUUCAACGAUAUUAUCAGCACUCAAGCUAGCAGCAGUACUUCAACGUUUGUUCCAAACUCAGGCAUGAAAGCUGAUUCCAGUCCUCCCAUAGAUGUUACUCAACCAGUCCUCAAUGACAGUAUUGUUCAAGCGAGGUGAAAGUAUGUUGUUUUGACAUAAAGAAAGAUAGAAUCCAUAUUACUCAAACCCAGUAGCUCUGUUUAGUCGACUAAUAUAAUUUUCUUGUCACAAAGGCUUUGUUUGCAGUGCGAAUUUCAUUUGCACUGGUGUAAAUUCAUGGGAUUGCAAAUAGGUUUGUGAAUUCUGGUUUAAUUUUGCUUC